CGCUCACUCGCCCGGCUGUGCCGCCGCAGCCGCAGCACCCGGGAGCCACCGCCCGGGACGCCUGCCCGACCGCCCGGUCAGGGACUGCGGGGCCCAGCGAGCGCUGGUUGAAAAGGUGGAUGCCAAGAUGACUGAGCGCUUUGACUGCCACCACUGCGAAGAGUCUCUCUUUGGCAAGAAGUACAUCUUGAAGGAGGAUAACCCUUACUGCGUGGCAUGCUUUGAGGCCCUCUACGCCAACACAUGCGAAGAAUGCGGCAAGCCCAUCGGCUGUGACUGCAAGGACUUGUCCUACAAGGACCGGCACUGGCACGAGGCCUGCUUCCACUGCUCGCGGUGCAAGAGCUCGCUGGUGGACAAACCCUUUGCCGCCAAGGAGGAACAGCUGCUCUGCACAGACUGCUACUCCCACGAGUACUCUUCCAAGUGCCAGGAAUGCAAGAAGACCAUCAUGCCAGGUACCCGAAAAAUGGAGUACAAGGGCAGCAGCUGGCAUGAGACUUGCUUCAUGUGCCAUCGGUGUCAGCAGCCAAUUGGAACCAAGAGCUUCAUCCCUAAAGACAAUCAGAAUUUCUGUGUGCCCUGCUAUGAGAAUCAGUAUGCUCUGCAGUGUGUUCAGUGCAACAAGCCCAUUACCACUGGGGGAGUCACCUACCGGGACCAGCCCUGGCACAAGGAGUGUUUCGUGUGCACAGCCUGCAAGCAGCCCCUGUCCGGGCAGCGCUUCACUUCCCGAGAUGAGUUUGCCUAUUGCCUGAGCUGCUUCUGCGACUUGUACGCCAAGAAGUGUGCAGGGUGCACCCACCCCAUCAGCGGACUUGGUGGCACAAAGUACAUUUCCUUUGAGGAACGGCAGUGGCAUAAUGACUGCUUUAACUGCAAGAAAUGCUCGCUCUCCCUGGUGGGACGCGGCUUCCUCACGGAGCGUGAUGACAUCCUGUGCCCCGACUGCGGGAAGGACAUCUGAAUUCAGCACCGUCUGGCCUCGCAAUGCUCACUCGUUCAUAUAUUUUCUUUUUCAACCAGGCAGUAGUAUGGUUCCACCAGCCAUUCUGAGACUUCCCCCUGUGCUUCUCAAUGAUAGCCACGUUUGUUUAAAUCCUUUCACUUCUUUGUACAAACCAUUUCUUUGUAAUAGUUCCACCCUAACGAAGAAGAAACUUAGGUAAAACUUAGAUAGGAAGGUGGUUUUGAAUUUCUGUAAUCAAGCAAGGCAAAUCCAAGUGUGAAAUCCUUUUGAAUGAUGUCUUUAUAAAUAUAUCUUUCUUUCACUGUGUAUUUAAUUUUUAAGUGCAAUGAAUGUCACAAACUUGAGUCUUCCUGACUACUUAAGGUAAUGAACAAGUUACUACUGUGUAACUUUCUGCCAUGUAAGGUCUAAAGCAAGAUUGUGUGAUUUACAAUAGUUACCUAGAACAAAAUCUUUUGCCAGGCACAGUGUGUAAAAUAAAUAAUGGUUAAACAUUGA